GAAGAAGACGAAGAAGAAGAACUAGGUAUUCUCCCUCGAGCCCCGUAGCCCAACGGAGAUCCGCCGGCAGUGAAUAAGGAAGAAAAUGGGGUUCUUUUCGUUCCUGGGAAGAGUUCUCUUCGCCUCCAUCUUCAUCCUCUCCGCCUGGCAAAUGUAUAAUGACUUUGGAGAGGACGACGGGCCUGCCGCAAAGGAACUGGUUCCCAGGCUGGCUGUUGCUAAGAGAUUUUUUGCUUCCAAGUUUGGGGUAUCGCCAAACAUCGAUGUUAAGCAUAUUGUUGCAGCCUCUCUGGUGCUGAAAGGAGUGGGAGGCCUUGUGUUUGUAUUUGGCAGCCCACUUGGUGCUUAUCUGCUGAUGUGUUACUUGAUCUAUAUCACUCCCUUUCUUUACGACUUCUAUAACUACAAAUUCGGAGAGUCACAUUUUUUCCCUCUUCUCCAUGACUUCCUGCAGAAUGUGGCACUUUUCGGCGCAUUGCUCUAUUUCCUUGGAAUGAAGAACUCCAUUUCUAGGAGGCAGCUCAAGAAAAAGACAACAAAGCCAAAGGCAGCUUAGGCGUGUCCGAGCGUGCGCGUGUUGUACCAUUGUUUACUGUUUACACAAUCAUUUUUUUGUAGCAAUAUUCAUACUAUGUCCCUUUUUUAUGUUCUCUGUUUCUGCAUUUUCUGCACAACUUAUUGAAUGUAUGGGUGUGGAAUUGUGGGUUAAUGGUGUUAUUUAGAGUAUCAAAACUUACCUUCAUGACUACUGUUCACUGUGUAUUAUGGACCUCUUCUGGAUUAAAUUUAUCACUGCCUU